UUCAUUGCCAUCGCCUCCUGUCGCCGCGUGUAUGUGUGGAGUCAAGCACACGUCUGCAACUUAGCACCGAGGUUGCCGUGGUUCGUAGGCUGUUGUAUUUUCAUAGUGAUGAGCAUUGCAACACGCGUGCCAAUGGAGGGCGGCGGCGACGAUGGACGUGCGAAGUUGACGACGACCGAGAAGACGGCCGUGGCGGCGGCCGUGACAGCCGUGCUCUUUCAUUGUCAGCAGGAGAGGGCAUUGGACAAAAUGAGAGCGCAGAUCCGUGCACGGAGGAGGAAGAUGCUUCAUCAAGUCCCGGUCAAAGGGCUGGAUACCGUGCCCAUCACCAAGGCUGUACUUCAGGUUUGUUGCGCCAUGGGUUGCAGUGUUCUUCAACGAGCGACGCCAGCCGCUGCAAUGCUGGACUUCACAGAUGACGAUCGUCCAAUUGCGAGAAGCAAAAGACUGCGACGACAACGAUCCACGAGUGCAGGCUUCGAAGUGCCUGACGAAAUUCAAGAUGGCGACGUCAACUCCCGCGAUGGCGAUGGUGAUGGCGACACCGACGAUGGCCAAAGGAUGUUAAAGGCGAUGGCAGUUGUGGGAGAUGACGAUGGUGAUGACGAUGCGGGAUAGACGACGAUGACGAGUGCAAAUGGACAGGGUGGAUGGAGCGGAAGCGAUGACACACGUGCGUUGAGGAGUACACACACGACGAAGAUGACGGUGGUCAUCUCGUGGAGGCGAGACGGCAAGAUCCAAUAA